AUGAGCAUUACUCAUUGUAUAUUCGAUUUAGAUGGCUUAUUAUUAGAUACUGAAUCAAUCUAUACUGAAUGUAUACAGAAAUUAUGUGCACAAUAUAAAAAAAAUUUUACAACAGAAAUAAAACUUAAAAUGAUGGGAAGAUCAUCCUUACAAGCAGGACAAAUAUUAAUUCGUGAAUUGGAUUUACCCAUGACUGAGGAAGAAUAUUUAAUAAAAUCAACGGCACUUUAUAUGGAAGCAUUUCCAUCGUCUCAAUUGUUACCAGGUGUUGAACGACUUAUUCGACAUUUAGCAGCUCACAAUAUUCCAAUAGGAAUUGCUACAGGUUCUAGACGUGAAUUAUAUACGGUCAAAACUAAUAAUUAUCGUGAAUUAUUUGAAUUAUUCAAUCCAAUUAUUUGUACAGAACCAAUGGAAUUACGUUUAUGUAAACCAGCACCAGAUAUAUUUCUUGCGUGUGCAGCAAAAUUUUCUAAACCACCUCUUUCAGUGAGUCAAUGUUUAGUAUUUGAAGAUGCUGAAGCUGGUAUUCAAGCUGCUCUUGCUGCUGAAAUGAAAGUUGUAUUUAUACCAAGUUUACCUAUAAGUGCCUAUGAUCCAGCAAUUAUCAAACAAGCUACAUUGACAUUAGAUAGUCUUCUUAAAUUUGAUCCUACUGAAUUCGGUCUACCGCCAUUUGAUGAUGUUUAG